AUGGAUUCCCUGCUUGCUUUGUUGCUGUUGGCUGUGGGAGCGUACGGCUGUGGCGUUCCCGCCUACAAGCCAGCCGCAUCGAGGGUGGUAAACGGCGUGGACGCCGUGCCAAACAGUUGGCCUUGGCAGGUGUCACUGCAGUACACCUCGGGGGGAUUAUGGUACCACACCUGCGGUGGAUCUCUGAUCUCCAGCGAAUGGGUGUUGACCGCAGCUCACUGCAUCAGCACCUCCAGAGUGUACAGAGUCCAGCUCGGAAGACACAACCUGAGACAGAACGAACCCAACGUCAAGACCAUCAGCGUCACCAAGCUCAUUAACCACCCCCGAUGGAACUCCAACCUUCUGGCUAACGGGAAUGACAUCUCUCUCAUUAAGCUGGCAGAGCCCGUAGAAUCCAACGACGUCAUCCAGCCCGGUUGCCUGCCCCCUCCCGACGUCAUCCUUGGACACAACGUUGGCUGCUACGUCACCGGCUGGGGAAACCUCCAGACCGGCGGACCCGGCGCAGAUGCCUUGCAGCAAGCUCUUCUCCUGGUUGUGGACUUUGACACCUGCUCCCUGUCUGACUGGUGGGGAAGGACCGUGAAGACCAACAUGAUCUGCGCUGGUGGAGACGGCGUAGUGUCAGCCUGCAAUGGUGACUCCGGAGGACCCCUCAACUGUGUGAACGCACAAGGCGUCUGGGAGGUUCACGGUGUCGUUAGCUUCGGAUCAUCUCUGGGAUGUAACUACUACAAGAAGCCCUCCGUCUUCACCCGCGUCUCUGAAUAUAACAGCUGGAUCAGCACGACCAUCGCGUCCAACUAA